AUGAAGAUCCUGCUAAUUAUAUUUGUUCCUCUUUUCUGGACUAAAACACUGUCAUAUCAGAGCCCAGGGCCAGGCCCUGAAUAUGCUGAUGUGGUGUUUCUGGUGGACAGCUCCGACCACCUGGGAAUUAAGUCCUUCCCAUUUGUGAAGUCCUUCAUCAACAAGAUGAUCAGCAGCCUCCCCAUAGAGGCUGACAUGUACCACGUGGGCCUGGCCCAAUACAGCGAUGGGCUCCACAGAGAGUUCCUGCUCAGCACCUUCAAGAGCAGGGGCCCCAUGCUGAACCACCUCAAGAAGAACUACGGGUUCCUGGGGGGCUCCCUGCAGAUUGGGAAGGCUCUCCAGGAGGUGCGCAGGGCCUACUUCUCAAACGGGAGGGACAGGAAACAGUUUCCCCCGAUCCUGGUGGUCCUGGCUUCCGCCGAGUCUGAAGAUGCUGUGGAAGAGGCUGCCGAAGCGCUCCGCAAAGAUGGGGUGAGGAUCGUCUCGGUGGGGAUGCAGGGGGCAUCUGAGAAGACCCUGAAGGCCAUGGCCACGGGCCAGUUCCACUACAGCCUCCGGACGGUCAGGGACCUCAGCACAUUCUCCCAGAACAUGACGCAGAUUCUCAAGGAUGCAGCUCAGUACAAGGACGGAGCAGCCCACUCUGAUAUAGAAGUCCCCUUUCCCAGGGUCUGUAAGAAAGAUUCAAUUGCCGACCUCAUGUUUCUGGUGGAUGAGGCCGUUGGGACCACAGAGAAUCUAAGGCUCCUGCAGAACUUCCUGAAGAACAUCACCUCCUCCAUGGAUGUGCAAGACAACUGCCUGCGGCUUGGACUUAUGAGUUACAGUGACAGAGUCAAGACGUUUUCUCUUCUGAGCUCGAGCACAACCCAGUCUGAAUUUCAGCAGCAAAUCCAGAAGCUUUCUCUGCGGGCUGGAAGAUCCAUUGCUGGAGCUGCCAUUGAGCAGCUGAGGAGGGAAGGCUUUUCGGCAUCACAUGGCAGCAGGCGGGCGCAAGGAGUGCCCCAAAUAGCAGUCCUGGUUACUGACAGGCCAUCGGACGACAGCGUACGUGAGGUGGCCCUCGACCUGCGGCUGCAGGAUGUAACCGUGCUUGCCGUGGGUAUUGAAGGGGCCAACAAGACCCAGUUGGAAGAAAUAGUGUCUUACCCUCCCCAGCAGACUAUCUCCAUGCUGCGGUCCUAUGCAGACUUGGAUAAUUACAGUAAGAAGUUCUUAAAAAAGCUCCAGAAUGAAAUAUGGUCCCAAAUCUCGACUCGUGCUGAACAAAUGGAACUUGAUAAAACUGGCUGUCUGGACACAAAAGAGGCUGAUCUCUAUUUCCUCAUCGAUGGAUCAAGCAGCAUUCAGAAAAAACACUUUGAGCAAAUCAAGGAAUUCAUGUUGGCGGUGAUAAGGAUGUUUAACAUUGGUCCAGACAAAGUUCGAGUCGGAGCUGUGCAGUAUUCCCAUGAGAAGAAAGUGGAAUUUGAUAUCAAUGACUACCUUAAUGAUAUGAAAUUAAGAAAGGCUGUUUUUAACAUUAAGCAACUUCAGGGCAGCACUUUAACUGGGGCAGCCCUGGAUUUCAUGCUGCCACUGGUGAGGAAGGGAAGGAAGCAGAGGACAAAUGAGGCACCCUGCCACCUCAUUGUCUUGACCGAUGGGAUGUCUGCAGAUGCUGUCCUGGAACCUGCUGAGAGACUAAGGGCUGAAAAUAUCACCAUCCAUGCGAUUGGUAUCGGGAAGGCUAACCGAACACAGCUGCAACAAAUUGCUCGGGAAGAGGAAAGGGUUAGCUUUGGGCAGAACUUUGAUUCUUUAAAAAGCAUCAAGAAUGAAGUUGUUCACAGUAUCUGCACUGAGAAAGGAUGUGAAAGCAUGAAGGCUGAUAUCAUGUUUCUGGUGGACAGUUCUGGCAGUAUAGGACCUGAAAAUUUUGAGAAAAUGAAAGCUUUCAUGAAAAACCUGUUAGAUAAGAUGCAGAUUGGUGGAGACAGAAGCCGAGUUGGUGUAGUCCAAUUCAGUGAUUAUAGUAAGGAAGAAUUCCAGCUUGACAAAUACUUUACACAAAAAGAAAUUUCUGAUGCAAUAGACAGCAUGACCCCCAUCAGUCAGAGAACUUUGACUGGAAGCGCGUUAACCUUUGUGGAUCCAUACUUCACCGAAUCCAAGGGGGGCCGCCCAGUGGUGAGAAAGUUUCUCAUCCUUAUCACUGAUGGAGAAGCCCAGGAUGAUGUGAGAGAUCCCGCAAAAGCUCUUCGGGACAAAGGUGUGGUCAUCUUCUCCGUGGGGGUGUAUGGGGCCAACAGGACGCAGCUGGAGGAGAUCAGUGGGGAUGGCAGCCUGAUCUUCCACGUUGAGAACUUCGAUGAUCUAAAGGCAAUAGAGAGUAAACUCAUCUUCCGCGUGUGUGCUCUUCAUGAUUGUAAACGGAUUCAGCAGUUAGAUGUCGUGUUCGUGCUGGACCACUCAGGCAGCAUCAACGCCGAGGACCAAGAAAACAUGAUCAACCUCACCAUCCAUUUGGUGAAGAAAUCAGACGUGGGCCUGGACCGCGUUCGGUUCGGAGCGCUCAGAUACUCAGAUGACCCCGAGGUUCUUUUCUACCUCAACAAGUACUCUAGUGGACCAGCCAUCAUCGAGCAUCUGAGGAGGCGCAGGGAUACGGGGGGAAGGACCUACACCGCCAAGGCUCUGGAGCGUGCGGGCGACCUGUUCACAGAGGAACACGGCAGCCGUAUCAAGCAAAACGUGAGGCAGAUGCUGAUCGUUAUCACAGAUGGGGUAUCUCACGACAGAAAUAAGCUGGGUGAGGCGGCCUCAAAAUUAAGAAACAAAGGCGUCAUCAUUUACGCAGUGGGUGUAGGUGCGGCUGACCAAGUGGAACUGGAGACCAUGGCAGGGGAUAAAAACUACACCAUCCACGUCAGUGGUUUUGACAAGCUGAAAGAUAUUUACCUGCCUCUGCAAGACAGUAUGUGUAACAACUCGCAAGAGGUCUGUAACAUUCCAGAAGCUGAUGUGAUUUUCUUUUGUGAUGGCUCUGACUUCGUAUCUGAUUCAGACUUUGUUACCAUGACAACUUUCUUGUCAGACUUAAUCGAUAAUUUUGACAUUCCGUCUCAGAGGAUGAAAAUUGGGAUGGCCCAAUUUGGGAGCCACUACCAAGAAAUUAUCGAGUUACAGAACUCUCUGUCUAAAACCGAAUGGAAGUCUCAGAUUCAAGCUAUCACCAAGAGCAAGGGCCGUCCGCGGAUAGACUUGGCCCUGAGACAAGUGAGCGUUAUGUUUGAGCCGUCCGCUGGUGGCAGGAAGAACGCUGGUGUCCCUCAGACUCUGGUGGUCAUCACAUCUGGGGCUCCCCAAUAUGAUGUGUCAAAGGCAGUGGAGGCCCUGAGGGAAGCUGGCAUUUGCAUUCUGGCUCUGGGCAUAGGAGAUGUUUACAAGGAACAGCUCCUGCCCAUAACGGGCAGUUCUGAAAAAAUCAUCACUUUUCAAGACUUCGAUAAAUUAAAGAAUGUGGAUGUGAAAAAAAGAAUGGUCCGUGAAAUCUGCAAGAGCUGCGGGAAAACCAACUGCUUUCUGGACAUUGUGGUUGGCUUCGACAUUUCCACUCACCUGCUGGGCCAGCCACUGUUCCACGGCCACCCCCGGCUGGAAUCAUACCUCCCGGGCAUCUUAGAGGACAUCACCUCCAUUAGGGGUGUCAGCUGCGGGGCAGGUGCAGAGGUGCAGGUGAGCGUGGCCUUUAAGGUGAACAGUGGCCAGAAUGUCCCUGCCAAUUUCCAAAUCUACCAGCAAACAAUAUUUGACAGCCUCCUGCAAGUCACCGUCAACGGGCCGACUCACCUGAAUGCGCAGUUCCUGCAGUCCAUGUGGGACACAUUUGAGAAUGUGUCCACAUCCCAAGGACAGGUGUUGCUCAUCUUUUCAGAUGGUCUUGGGGGUGAAAGCAAAAUGAUGCUUGAAGAUCAAUCGGACAGGCUCAGGGAAGCAGGACUUGAUGCUUUGCUGGUAGUGUCCUUAAAUGCAACCGCUCAUGACGAGUUUUCCAGCUUUGAAUUUGGAAAAGGAUUUGACUACAGGACUCACCUGACCAUUGGAAUGAAGGAACUGGGCAGUAUGCUAUCACAGUAUCUGGGGAACAUUGCAGAGAGGACGUGUUGCUGCAAGUUUUGCAAAUGCGCAGGGAUUCCAGGACCUCAGGGGAUCCGAGGGCCCCAAGCCUCCCAGGGCUUUCCAGGUAUGAAAGGCAGCAGAGGACACAGGGGAGAGGAGGGAGAGCCUGGAACUCGAGGAGAAAUUGGACCUCAAGGAAGCAGAGCGGGUGCAGGAUGCCCAGGGCAGCAGGGUCAAAAGGGAGCCAGAGGAUUUUCUGGAUAUAAGGGAGAACACGGAGAGGAUGGGGUCGAUGGACUGGAUGGGGAAGAGGGCUUUCAUGGACUUCCCGGGAGAAAGGGAGAAAAAGGUGAUGCAGGUUCCCAGGGCAGCCCAGGUUCCCGAGGUCCCCCUGGGGGAUAUGGAGAGAAGGGUUUCCCAGGGGAUCCUGGUAAUCCAGGACAAAGCAACAACAUCAAAGGACAAAAGGGCUCCAAAGGAGAGCAAGGAAGACAAGGUAGAACCGGGCAGAAAGGGACACAAGGCAGUCCUAGCUCCAGAGGGAGCAGGGGGAGAGAAGGCCAGAGGGGAGUCCAGGGUGCCUUGGGGGAACCGGGCACGCCUGGACCUCAAGGUGCAUCAGGAGCUGAAGGACUGCAAGGCUCACAGGGAGCGAGCGGACCUCCAGGCAGGAAAGGAGAGAAGGGGAACGAGGGACACAAAGGACCUCAGGGUGCUCCUGGACCAGCAGGAGAGAAAGGGAGUGUUGGAAGGCCCGGUCUUUUGGGGAAAAAGGGAGAACCUGGGAUUCCUGGAGAUCCAGGGCCAGUGGGGCAAGUGGGACGGCGAGGAAAGCAGGGUGACUAUGGCAUCCCAGGCUAUGGUCCUGUGGGACGAAAAGGAGUCAAGGGUCCACGAGGAUUCCCUGGAGAUAUGGGCCAAAAGGGUGAUGCUGGUGAUCCUGGAAUUCCUGGGGGGCCUGGACCCAAAGGAUUUAGGGGAUUAACUCUCACGGUAGGCCUGAAAGGUGAAGCAGGCUCUCCUGGACACCCAGGCCCCCCUGGACGGAGAGGCCCUAAAGGGAUGGCAGGGCAGCCCGUCCAUUCUCAAUGUGAUCUAAUCCAGUUCACGCGGGACCAUAGUCCUUGUUGGAAAGAAAAGUGUCCUGUGUAUCCAACAGAACUGGUAUUUGCCCUGGACCAGUCCAACGAUAUCACAGAGCAGAGAUUUAAUGAAAUGAGGGACAUCAUCACUUCUAUUGUCGGCGACCUUCACAUCAGGGAAAGUAAUUGUCCCGUGGGAGCAAGAGUUGUUGUGGUUUCCUACAACUCGGGCACCAGCUACCUCAUCCGUGGGUCUGACUACCGUAGCAAGAAGCAGCUUCUUCAGCUUCUCUCCCAAAUAAAAUAUCAAAACUCUGGGGAAGUCCAAGACAUUGGGAAUGCGAUGAGGUUUGUGGCUCGGAACAUCUUUAAGCGGACGUCUGCAGGAGCAAAUGUGCAGAGAGUUGCUGUGUUUUUUAGCAACGGACAAGCUGCAAGUAGGUCAUCCGUCAUCACGGCCACCAUGGAGUUUAGCGCCUUGGAUAUCAGCCCCGCAGUCUUUGCUUUUAAUGAAAAGGUCUACCUCGAUGAGGCUUUUGGGUUUGACAACACAGGAACAUUUCAGGUGCUUUCUGUUCCUCCAAAUGGGGAAUAUGCUCCAUUAGAAAGGCUUCAGCGCUGUACACUUUGCUAUGAUAAAUGUUUUCCAAAUACUUGCAAGAAAGAAAUCGUCUUACCUGAAAAUUCGUACAUGGAUGUCGCCUUCCUCUUAGACAAUUCCAGAAAUAUAGCAAGUGAUGAGUUUAAGGAUGUGAAAGCCUUGGUGACCUCAAUGCUUGAUAACUUUGACAUUGCCUCAGACCCUAUGGUCUCAGACUCUGGUGAUAGGAUUGCCUUGUUGAGCUAUUCUCCUUGGGAUAGGAGAGAGAAGAAAGUGGUAAAAACAGAGUUUGAGUUUACAACUUAUAACAGUCAAGCUCUGAUGAAAAGGCACAUUGAGACUAACCUCCAGCAGCUAAAUGGGGAAGCCACCAUUGGCCAUGCCCUACUGUGGGCCAUGGAGAAUCUCUUCCCAGCAACGCCCAAGCUAAGAAAAUACAGGGUCAUCUUUGUGGUCUCCGCUGGAGAAAAUCGUGAGAGAAAGGAAUUCUUGAAGAAGAUGGCUCUGAGGGCCAAGUGUCAAGGCUAUGUCAUAUUUGUGAUUUCCCUGGGUUUGACAUCCGAGGAGGACAUGAAGGAGCUGGCCAGUCACCCGCUUGAUCACCAUCUGAUACAGCUGGGGAGAAUUCAUAAACCAAAUCUGGAUUAUGUUGUGAAGUUUUUAAAGCCAUUUGUGUACUCAGUGAGACGAGGAUUCAAUCAGUACCCACCACCAGUGCUUGAGAACAUCUGCAAACUCAUUGAUUCAGAAGAUGAGGAAAAUCAAAGCAUCGGUCUCCCAUUUACUCCUGCAGCUUAUGAUAUUUCUUCAGGAGAGAACAUCAUCAGCCAGGAAUUGAGUGCUCAGAGAGAUUCAUCUUUGGUAUUGGAGGACAAUGGAAGCAGCCAUUUGGUUUACAUUCCAAGCCAGAUGCUUAUGCCACAGAAAUCAAUGACUAAGUAUGAAAAAGAUUGGGAUUCUGAAGCAAUUGCAAGUCUCACCUCUGGACAUGAAAACCUUGGCAGAAAAGAAGAACCAGGUCUUACUUAUGAAAGUAGAGAUGCCUCUCUUCAAGAAUAUUACAUGGAUGUGACUUUUCUCAUAGAUGCUUCCAAAAGAAUAGGAAGUGAUGAGUUUAAGGAAGUGAAAACUUUUAUAACCUCAGUGCUUGAUUAUUUUCAUCUGGCCCCAGAUCCGCUGACCUCCACCUUAGGGGACAGAAUAGCAGUCCUGACCUACUCUCCUCCAGGCUAUAUGCCCAACACAGAAAACUGCCCUGUCUACCUAGAAUUUGAUUUGGUCACUUAUAACAAUAUACACCAAAUGAAGCAUCAUCUCCAAGACUCCCUUCAGCAGCUCAAUGGAGAUGUUUUUAUAGGCCAUGCCCUCCAGUGGACACUUGACAAUGUCUUUGUAGGAACUCCCAACCUGAGGAAAAACAAAGUUAUCUUUGUUAUAUCUGCUGGUGAAACCAACCCUUUAGACAGGGAAGUCUUAAGAAAUGUAUCUCUGAGAGCCAAGUGUCAGGGCUACUCCAUAUUUGUGUUUUCUUUUGGUCCUCUACACAAUGACAAGGAAUUAGAAGAAUUAGCCAGCCACCCACUGGAUCAUCACUUAGUCCAGCUUGGCCGAAUCCACAAGCCAGAUUUGAACUAUAUCAUCAAAUUUGUCAAGCCAUUUGUUCAUUCAAUCAGACGUGCCAUCAACAAAUACCCCCCUGCAGACAUGAAACCCAAAUGUGUUAACAUCACCUCUCCCACUCCAGAGAAUAAUGGCAUAGGAAACACUGUAUUGUGA